UGGCGAACGUUGUCUUGAGCGCAGUUUGUCGUUGUCGUUAGUCGCAUUAGCAACGUCUCAACGUGCGCGUGUGUGCUUGUGCGUGAUUGUGUGUGUGUGUUGUGCGUGUGUCGGUUACUGUGCCUGUGUUACUUGCUGGCCCGUUUGUUCCCGUUUGCCACAGCCGCUUGCUAAAUUAUUAUACACGUUGAUUUUUUUUCGAGUUAUUUUUUUCUGUGUCGCCGCAGCAGCACAAACUGGUUGCUGGCAUAAGAAGCAGCAGCAGCAGAAGCUAGCUGUGAACAGAAGAGGCAGCAGUAGAAAUAACAACAGCAACAAUAAUAAUAAUCAUAAUAAUAAUAAUAAUAAUAGCAACAAAAACAACCGUAUUUUUUGUUUGUGGUUCGGAAAACGUCGCAACCACAAAAAAAGUAACCGUCCAGCGGCAGCAAAAGGAGCUCAGUAACAGUAACAGUAACAGCGGCAACUAACAGUAGCUGGCGCGUUAACAGUAGCUGUUGUCAGUAUAUACACACACAGCUAAUUGAAUAAAAUGCCCUGCUCGGCCGUAACGCUAUCGAUAGCGACUAUCUGUGCGAUUAUCGCCACAGCGCUGCUCGCGAUCGCCUUCUCCACAGACAAUUGGCUGCACUAUGACGUCAGACGUAAUCAGAUACAGGCUUUUGCCGCCAAGCACUCGGAUGCGGAAUCGCUGCUGCACAAUUUGAAUGUCAAGUAUUAUUAUUACACGAGAACCCGCGGCCUGUUCAGAAUAUGCUAUCCCAAGGAGCGUCCGCCGGUAACAGCAGUGCCCACGUACCUGUCGCCCAUUGAGACGCACUGCUCGAACAUUGAUUAUUUUCCGCAAGUGGAGGACGACAAGAUAUCCAAUGAGGAUGCGACAUCACGUCUGCAUUUGGCACGCUCCUGCAUUGCGCUGUUCAUAAUUAGUUUCGUGACCAUAUUUUGUGCGUUCUGGACCGGGCUGUCCGGCUGCUGGAAGCGCUCCUCGGGCGCCAUAACGGCCACAUCGAUACUAUUGCUGGUCACCUGUCUGCUGGCCGCCGGCGCCAUGGGCCUCUGGCAUACGGUUGAGUUCUUUGAGAAGGAGAAAGUCGUUGGCGAGGAUUACUUCCAGCAGUGGAAUACGGUGCUGCGCGAUAACACAAAGAUUGUCUACGAUUGGUCGUACAUUGUGGCCUGGACUGGCAUUGCCACCUGUCUGCUGGCUGCCAUUCUGCUGUCCGGCGCCGCCGUCUGUCUGCGCAACGAGCGCGAGAAGGAGGAGCAGCUCAAUUUGCAGUAUCUGAUGCCCGUGUACUCGCAGAAGCAGCCGCCGUAUCCGCCCUACGCCAACUAUGCCCAGCCGCAGAUCUAUCCGGGUCCCUACUACCAUGGCUCGCAGUAUGGGCCAUAUAAUUAUUAAACGAAAUGCAUAACGAAUGAGAGCGAAUGAAAGCGGAAUGAAAAACAAGAAACAACAACAACAACAACAAAUAAAACCGCUUGAAAUCGCUUUUGAAAUCACAAAAAGAGCUAUCGAAAUGUGGGGUUAGGUUGAAUUUCGCCCAGUUUCAAAUCUGUCAGCCUUAACUGUAAAUGGCAAAAAGUUUUGCGAAGAAAGGCUCGAUUCUUUUAUUUCGCUAUCUAAAGCUAAACAUAUUCACACAGAUGCAUACAUACGCAUGUAAUACAAUUCAAUAUAACAUAUAUAUAUAUAUAUAUAUAUACAAAUUUUUUUUUUUUACAUAAUUUUAGUUUGUAGCUUCUAUCUAUUUGUAUAGAAAUCGUGGGUCUUCAGUCAAUAUGCGUCGAAAGUAUUUGGUGCGCAAUUUUCGCAAAAACAAAAAAAGACAAAAAAAAUAAUAAAAAAUAAAAAACAAAAUAGAGAAAAAUAAUGCAAAAUGAAAAGUACUUACAGCAGGCGAAUAUAAAGAGAGAACAAUAAAGAUUUAAUUUAUUGUAGCAUGUAACGUACAUGUAGCUUAUAAUUACAUACAUAAUAA